GCGUUUCCGAUCAAAGACCCUCCCACCGACCCACCACCACCAAUCACUUCCCUAACUAACUAAAAAAACAGUAACUAAAACCACAAAAUGCUGAUCCCAAACGUUGCUAUAACAUACGACGACAAUAACUCAUCUGUCACAGCUUCCGACAACGAUGACAAUGCUAAGGAGACAGGAAGUAAAAACGAUGUCGUUCCUUAUAGUAAAGGAGAAAAAGUUUUGGCUUAUCAUUGUCGUCUUAUUUAUGACGCUAAGGUGCUAGACGUUGAUUCUGGAGGGACAUGUUAUUUGGUUCAUUAUAUUGGUUGGAAGAAAAAAUAUGAUGAGUGGGUAGGGAUGGAUCAUCUCAUGAAGUACAACCAAGAGAAUGUGCUAAAACAGAUUGCACUGGAGAAAGAACAUCCACUGGAAGUCACAAAGUCUGGACGUGCAUUGCAUUUGAAGCUGAAAAAUCCCAAAGGGAAUCUGCUAAAACAGAAAGCACUGGAGAAAGAACAUCCACUGGACGUCACAAAGUCUGGACGUGCAUUGCAUUUGAAGCGGAAAAAUCCCAAUGAGACAAGAGGAAGGAAGAGAAAAAGGAUGACAAAGGGCACUGCAUCUUAUGGAAAGCUCAUUGAUCUCCAGAUUCCACCCACUUUGAAAAAGCAUCUGGUCAAUCAUUGGGAAUACAUAACGCAUAUGGGCAAGCUUGUAAAACUUCCAUGUUCUCCAAAUAUCGAUGACAUAUUAAAGCUCUAUCUGGAACAGCAGUCAAAUAAGGAUGACAGGGCUUCUGAUUUGGCUGGAGAAAUUCUAAGUGGUAUACGUUGUUAUUUUGACCAAGCGUUGCCUGCAAUGCUUCUCUAUAAAGGUGAACGCCAACAGCAUGAAGAAGCAACUGCAAACGAAGUUUCUCCUUCAAAAAUUUAUGGAGCUGAACAUCUCUUACGUCUUUUUGUCAAAUUGCCGGAGAUACUUCAUCAUGCUAACAUUGAAAAGGAGAUACUGACAAAGCUGCAGCACAGGUUACAAGACUUUCUCAAGUUCCUGCUGAAGAAUGAAAGCCCAUUCUUUCAACCUGCCUAUGAAACACCAGAUGGUUCUUGCACAAUUGAGUAAUGACAUGAUUGUGCUAAAAAAGAUGUACAUAGUAACUUAAUCUCCAUGCUAGACAAUUACUCUUCCUGAGGUCCAUGGGUUGCAUUUUGUUGUAUGCAUAGUGAAGGGUUUUGGCAAGGAGAGCUACUGUAGUCUGUAGGUGAUUGUGACAAGCCAGGAAAAUAUGCAAGACCAACCAUCAACCAUGCGAAGUUCAAUUACAAGUGAGUUGAAAUCGUAGUUUUAUUAUGCGUCGAGUUCUCAAUACAGGUCAAUCUAAAUUAGAACUUGAUUUCACUAACUAACUUUUUGCUAUGGUAUGGUGGAGUUUCAGCGUUUUGUUGUUAGCUCUAAUAACUCUGUUGUGAUCUAGUAAUGCAACCAUGCAUAUUUUGUUGGUAGUA